GCGCAUGCGCCGCGCGGAACGUGCUCGGCGGGGGAGUUGGUGAAAGAGCUCCUCCCCCCCUCAGGCGCGGCAGCGAACCGUGGCUCUGCUGGCUCCCGGUUGGCCUAGAUUCAGGAGCUGAGCUUUUUGGCCCAGUCAGCCGGCGGGGGCAUCACGGCCGCAGCGACAGGAAGUGAAAGCGGACAGAUGCUGGUGAAUGCCCCAUGGCCGCGGCUAUCACAGUUCAUUCACCCACUACCCACCGUAACUUGGAAGCUUUCUUUAGGUCAAUUCAUCUUCUGGGACUCCUCCCUGCCUUCUGGUUAAGGAAUCCUUUCACACACACAGGAUGGCUCAGCAAUGGUAUGGAUGUUCAAAUACCUGAAAGGUGCUGAUGUUAGACAGGAACUUCCACAUUCUUUGGAGCAUUUGAGGUGUGGUCACAGUCAUUGCGUUCUCAUGAUUCUCAGUUGCCAAGACCGUCCUUGGAGACCAAUGGCAGCACCCACAGAGAUCUACUGUACUUGAAAACAUACAGAAAGCAGUGUACCUUCAUUACAUCACACUGCUCUAGUACCUGAAAUUGUUUGCUCUGAGAAUGAAGAGAAUCAGGCAGACUGUUAAAACUGAGAACCCGGUUCUCCAAACACCACAAAGGUCAAAAAAACUGAAGACUUGUUUCUAUGGAUCAGCAUUUGACAAGUCUCACCUGCAAACAUUGAUGGACUGGGGAACCCUGCCCCUCCAUGUAGUUUUACAUAUUUUUCAGUUCCUGCCUUUAGUUGAUCGAGCACGGGCAUCUUCUGUUUGCCGAAGAUGGAAUGAAGUUUUUCAUAUCCCUGACCUGUGGAGGAAGUUUGAAUUUGAGCUUAACCAACCAGCUACUUCUUAUUUAAAGUCUACUCACCCUGAUCUCAUUCAGCAAAUUAUCAAGAAACAUGCUGAUCAUCUGCAGUAUGUCAGCUUCAAGGUUGAUAGCAGUACUGAGUCUGCAGAAGCUGCCUGUGAUAUCCUUUCUCAAUUGGUGAAUUGUUCUAUCAAGACAUUAGGUUUGAUUUCAACAGCGAAACCAAGCUUUAUGAAUGUCUCUAAGGCUCAUUUUGCAUCAGCAUUGACAGUAGUGUUUGUAAACUCCAAGUCACUAUCAUCCAUCAGAAUUGAUGACACACCAGUUGAUGAUCCAUCUUUAAAGGUUCUUGUUGCUAACAAUAGUGAUACUCUAAAACUAUUAAAAAUGAGUAGCUGUCCUCAUGUGUCACCUGCUGGAAUUCUUUGUGUUGCUGAUCAGUGUCAUGGUCUUAGGGAACUGGCUUUGAAUUAUUACAUACUAAGUGAUGAACUGCUGCUGGCUCUUUCAAGUGAGAAACAUGUGAACCUUGAACAUCUUCGCAUAGAUGUUGUGAGUGAAAACCCUGGACAAACUGAAUUUCAUACUAUUAAAAAGCAAAGUUGGGAUGCACUUGUUAAGCACUCCCCCAAAGUCAAUAUUGUGAUGUACUUCUUUUUAUAUGAAGAGGAAUUUGAUGCAUUUUUCAGAGAAGAAACUCCUGUCACGCACCUUUACUUUGGUCGGGCAGUAAGCAAAGCCAUGCUAGGUCGUAUUGGAAUGAACUGCCCCAGGUUGAUUGAAUUGGUGGUGUGCGCUAAUGGUCUUCAGCCACUGGAUGAUGAACUCAUUUGCAUUGCUGAACGCUGUAAGAACCUAACAGCAAUGGGCCUUGGUGAGUGUGAGGUUACCUGCAGAGGUUUUAUUGAGUUUGUAAAAAUGUGUGGAGGAAGGCUAACUGAGCUUUCUAUUAUGGAGGAAGUGCUAAUUCCAGAUAAUGAUUACAACCUGGAUCAAAUUCAUUCAGAAGUCUCUAAACACCUUGGAAGAUUGUGGUUCCCUGAUAUGAUGCCUACAUGGUAAACUGGUUAGAUCAAGGUUUUUGCUUACUGUUCAAAUAAGCAAUUACAAAAAGUAUCUCAACUACUUAAAUGAACUGCAUAUAGACAAAAUGCUUCAGUAACAGUGCUAGAAUUAAAAUGGAAAAUAGAAUCUAGUAUACUUAACAGUAGACACAUUGAAAAGAUGUCUGUGGGAUAGAGGGUUUUUCUUUCUCCAGCUAAAUUAAGCCUGUUGGCUUCUGCUGAAUUAAAUUUGUUCCAUUAAAUACUUUUAGUACAAAGUUUUGCAGUUGUUCUAGACUUUCUGAUGUGUUGUAAAGGAAGUCUAAAACUUGCCUGCUUGAUAGGGAGUUAAAUGGAACUUUUGAGUAAACUGUAUUUGCAGUGUCUCUUUAUCCAAUUCACUAACUUUUUUUACACAUAGAACAAAUACUUUAUAUCAUAGCUAUUCUAUUUCAGAUUGCUGUUAAUCUAUUUUAAUGUGCUUGUAUGUGUUUAAAUAUUGCAAAUUAAGGACUUAUGCUGCAAUAAAAAGCUUUUGAUUUUAA